UUGCUGGACUGGGACAUGGGCAACGAGUGUUUCCUGUCCUUCACCACCUCGCACCUGCCCCUGUACACGCAGAACCUUGCCAAAUACAGACUCCAAAUAGUUGAACCACCACCGCUGCCUUUGGAAAAAAAACCCAAGCCUGAUAAAGAUGGUCCAGACAUUAAGCCCAAUCUGUGGAUGUGGGUGAACCCAAACAUUGUGUAUCCUCCUGGCAAGCUGGAGGAGGAGAGACUUAAAAAGAAGGACCUGCAAAGUGUGCUGCCUUCCUACCAUCCGUCCCGGAAGGAGGGAGAAGCCAGCUAUUCGAAAGUUUCAGGGGCACGGUCAUGGCUGCCUUCUUCCAGACAGCUAUCAUCUCCUUGCAGGCGGAAGCAGAAGCAGAAGCAUUCAGCCUCUUCUCCAAGCACCUGGGAGGAGCUUACAGAUGAGGAGGAGGCCAAGGACCAGGAUGACAGCUCCUCUGUGGCUUUCCCAUCCCUUCCCACAAGGGCCCCCCUCCAGAGCCAGAGGAGGCUUCGCCAAGCUGUCAGCCCAGAAGGGAGGCUUUGGUCCCGCCCCCCUCUCAAUUACUUCCAUCUAAUUGCCCUGGCACUCAGAAACAGCCCCUCCUGUGGCCUCAACGUCCAGCAGAUCUACAGCUUCACUCGAGAACACUUCCCCUUUUUCCGGACAGCUCCAGAAGGCUGGAAGAAUACGAUCCGUCACAAUCUCUGUUUCCGAGACAGCUUUGAGAAAGUGCCGGUCAGUAUGCAGGGUGAGGCCAGCACACCACCUCGAUCCCGCCUCUGGAAGUUGACUGAGGAGGGACACCGCCGCUUUGCGGAGGAGGCCCGAACCUUGGCUUCCACACGGCUGCAAAGUAUCCAGCAGUGCAUGAGCCAGCCAGAUGUGAUGCCCUUCCUCUUUGACCUUCAAGAAGAACCAGACAUGCCUUAUUAA